GUUUUUUCAUAUCCACUGUCUGUCAAUAUUCAUUAUUAUCCAUGUUACAAGGUCCGUACGAGGUGAGAAAACAUUUGUGUUUCUCAUAUUUCUCUAACAGUGGUUUCAAUGGUUACUUCUUCUCAGAGACUGUUAAAUUUUAUGGAUUGCGAUAUAUAUAGUGAAGGAAAUGGGAUGGAAGGACAGUGAGGCAGAAUCCUUUGCACUUUGCACUUUCCAUGGCUGCGGAAUCUGUGAUUUCAGUGUCAGAGAACUAGUGAAAGCUUGAAACUUGGAGGUUGUAUUUCGUCUCUCGCUCUCUUUAUUCCCUUUUGCUAUGCCACGGAAUGAAGGUUUUUGGGUUUUUGGAGUUGGGUUUUUGCUUUUGGAUCUAAAGCAUAGAGGGAAGCCUUGAAUCUGCCUGGAUAUGGCAAGUUGUGUUUGCUCUGGAGAAGCUUAUAUUCAUAUUCUCCAGAAAAGGAUUUUUCUGAUCUUUGUUGGAGGCGGGGUUUUAUUUUUGAGAUCCUCAUUUAAAAUUGAAAAUUUGUAGAUAUUUUUUACUUGUUUUGGAAGGUUAAUUCUUAAAAUUGAGAGGGCAGUUUCUAUGAAAAAGUUCUUGCUUAGAGAUUGGUUUUUGGUUGCCAGCAAACUGGGUGAUAUGGAAUUUCUUUUAAUGAAGGUGCAUUAGAGAUCAUAAGCAGCGGAGUUCAGAAAUUUCUACCAGUUUAUUGGUGUUCAGUGAUUAGGGGUUGUUUGUUGGAUGCAUAAACAUGUAUCUGCACGCGUUAAAUUGCCACCUGCAUACAUUAGGUUAUGUAUAUAAGCAUAGAACCAAGUACAAGUUGAGGUCAAAUCAAGCUUUAGCUCUGCCGCCAUCAUCGAUUCUCUUGCAAACUGAUGAGAAUUGUAAUUACCCAGACGCAAAUAAGAUUUCUGGUUCUUACACAGCUUUAGCAAGCAGUGAGUCUGCUAGUUCGUUGAUAAGCCAAGCAAACACAGUGGGCAUAAUUGGGGGUGUAUCAGUUGAUUCUACAUUGAAUUUUUUAAAAAAACUAGUUCAAUGGAGUUCAAAUGAUGGAAAAGGAUGCCUCCCUUUUGUUCUUUGCUCUGAUCCAUUGUUAAACAAGGAGCUUCUAAUGCACGAGAGAAGUUCGAUGUCAGUAAUGAGGAGUAGAAAAGAACUGUCCCAAUUGGAUCAUAAGCCAGUUGUUGAGAACUUGCAGGGCAAAAGGGUUUUCCUUGAGGGUUCUGGAGCUCGUUGCAUUGUAAUGCCUUGUCAUAUUUCACAUUCAUGGCAUAAUGAGGUUUCUGAAGGAUGUUCUGUUCCUUUCCUUCAUAUGGGUGAUUGUGUUGCCAGGGAGCUCAAGGAAGCAAAGUUGAAGCCCCUUGAAGCUGGAAGUGCUUUGCGGAUUGGGGUUCUUGCCACGAAUUCAGCACUAACAGCAGGCUUUUAUCAGGAGUAUCUACAGAGGGAGGGGUUUGAGGUUGUUCUGCCAGAUAAAGCAACCAUGGAGCAUGCUGUAAUUCCUGCAAUUGAAGCUACAAACAGAAAAGACAUGGAAGGAGCACAGAAUCUGUUGAGAAUUGCACUCCAAGUACUUCUGGUUAGGGCUGUAAACAAUGUCAUCCUUGCAUCCGAUGACAUUCGAGAUAUUUUGCCUAAGGACGAUCCCCUUCUCAAGAAAUGUAUUGACCCAAUGGAUGCACUGGCCAGAUCAACCAUCAAGUGGGCGCAUUCUGUUGAAGGAGGUACAUAAAAACCAUUCAGAAUAUUUCCUUCACAAAAUCUUGUUCUAGUUUCAAUAUUUGAUGUAAAAAUCUUGUUGUUGUGCUUGGGCAUUCGUGUUGAAAACUAGCCCUGCUGCUGUUCUGUAUGAGAGAACUAAAGAAUUACGAACUUAAGUCAAUAAAUUUCUUGUAGACACCAAA